AUAGUAAUGAGCUGAAAACAACAAUUUAAGGAGAACUUGAAUUCUCUCUCUAGGGGUUUAACGAAAAAGGGAUGCUGGGCUACAAGCAUUGAUACAGUAGUUGCAAAUGGUUUCUCUAUCCACUUGGUUUCGAUACAUUGCUCACAAGUUCGAGUAUUCCCUCUCUCUCAGCUGGAAGAGCUAUAAGAGAGGUCAAAUCAGUGACAGAGAAGUUGGUGAUGCAGUAUGGAAAAAUCUAUUUCAGGGGAGGUUGACUUAUUUACACUGGAAUAAAGGACAAGAAAUGACUCCAACAAUAGGAGAUCAAGGGGGAACUCUACUUGUUCGGAAAUUACCAGCUGCAGAUCCAACGCGAGUUUUUGUUGGAGAUGUUGUGGUUGUGAAGGAUCCUGAGAAUUCAGACAACCAUCUAGUCAGAAGGUUAGCUGCGAUUGAAGGGUAUGAAAUGGUGUCUACCGAUGAGAAGGAUGAACCUUUUGUUCUUGAAAAGGAUCAGUGUUGGGUUUUGGCUGACAAUGAGAAGUUGAAGCCCAAGGAAGCAAACGACAGUCGAAUAUUUGGUCCAGUUCCCAUGACGGACAUAGUUGGCCGAGUCAUAUAUUGUCUACGAACAGCUGUGGAUCAUGGUCCUGUUCAGAACAGUCAUUUCAGCAUGCGCAAGGAUUUGCCAGUGUUAGAAGUGGAGCUGGAUGUGGAGGAGAUGGCAAAAAAUCACAAAGCGUAAACUAUGACAUCAACAUCUCAAACUGAUUUGGUUUGUAUAUGUAUUAUUUUGUUUUCUCUCCUCCACAUCUCCUAUGGAUGCUGUUUUGGUUUGAAGUGCAAAAGAACAAUAAAAUUUGGGCAGGUGCAGCAACUGAGUGACCAUCUGAAAAGCAUGAAGGCGGCCAUAUUUCGAUUCUGAGUUUCAAGUUUAUUUAACACUGCAUCAGAACAGGAUUGUCAUCUGGAAAUCUUGACCCUGAAAAGGAAGAAAAUGGAAUCUUUGCACUGCUUCUUUAUGGAUGCUUGUGUCUAAUUGCCAUAUAUGAACUUUGUUGAGAUCUGAAUAUAUAUUUUUAACACUUGGGAAUAUUUUUCUUUUAUUUAUUUUUGUUUUGAAAUAAAUUCGAGGCUUAUCAUGACCA